AUGGGGGAUUUCAGGCCCAUAAGCCUCAUCCACUCCAUCGCCAAACUUAUAGCCAAGAGGGCCAAAUGCAUCCACGACAGCUUCCUCUUCGUCCAGAAUAGUGUCCGUGCCCUCCAUCGCCGCAAAACACCCACCCUCCUGCUGAAACUAGACAUAGCAAAGGCUUUUGACAAUGUGUCAUGGGAAUACAUCUUAGAGCUGCUAGAAAAAAUGGGCUUUCCGGUGCGCUGGAGGGACUGGGUUGCCCUGCUCCUAUCAACCUCAUCAUCAGUAUGUCUCCUCAAUGGCGUUCUAGGCUGCCCCAUUGAGCAUCGACGCGGCCUGCGGCAGGGAGACCCGCUCUCCCCCCUCCUGUUCAUCCUCUGCAUCGACCCCUUGCAUAGACUGCUAGAAGCUGCAACUAGAGACGGCCUCCUCCAACCAAUACCCGGAAGAACACUGCGCAUGCGCACUAGCCUGUACGCCGACGACACAGUCAUCUUCAUCAACCCUGUGCGCCAGGAGAUCGACGAGCUGCUGCACAUCCUUCGUAUCUUUGGAGAAGCAACCGGGCUGCGCGUCAACUUAGAAAAAUCAUCAGCCAUUCCGAUUGCGUGCGACGAAAUCGACCUACACACGGUUCUGCAAAAUUUUGGGGGGGCGAUCGCGUCCUUGCCAAUUAGAUACCUCGGCCUGCCAAUCACUACGGGUAGGCUCAGAUUAGUGCAUCUUCAGUUCAUCCUCGACAGGAUCCGCGCACGCCUUGCAGGCUGGAAAGGGAGGCUCAUGCCCUUCACCGGCAGACGCGUCCUGGUACGCUGUGUUCUCUCGGCAAUGCCCACCUUCGCCAUCACAGUGCUGCGGGCGCCCAAAAAGUUCUACAAGGAAGUAGACAAGGCAAGAAGAAGGUUCCUAUGGGCGCAAGACGAAGUGGCCACUGGUGGAAAGUGCAAGCAUGGACGCACGUCCCGCCCUUGGGUUGGCACCGGCACUCCCUGCGACGACGCCGAUCGCACUAUGUUCGCUGCCUGCACGUCUGUCACCGUCGGGGACGGCUCAACGGCUUCCUUCUGGCUCUCUUCCUGGCUGAACGGCAGACCGCUAUGUCAGGCAUACCCAACAGUGUUUGCUCACUCCGUCCGCAAGAACAGAUCUGUCCAAGAAGCCCUGCAUCAAGACCGAUGGGUCCUUGACCUACGCCAUGGUGACCACGGCAACAUCAUGCACUUUGUGCUGCAGCUCGCCAGGGAGAUCAGAAGCGCCGGCAUCACACUGGAAGCUAGAAGGGCCGACACUAUCGCCUGGACCCUGGGCAACUCCGGCAACUACUCCACGCGCUCCGCCUACGACGUCCAGUUUGAAGACCGCCCGGCGCUUGACUUCACAGCAAUCAUCUGGAAGGCUUGGGCCCCUGACAAGAUGAAAGUCCUUUUCUGGCUGCUGCACUUAGAUCGCCUAUGGUGCAACGACAGACUCCAAAGACGUGGAUGGACCAACAGCUACUUCUGCCAGCUAUGUCUCCGCAACCUCGAGACUUCGUCACAUCUGUUCUGGGAGUGCACCGUUGCCAUUCAGGCCUGGAACGAGGUGGCAACCUGGCUCGGCUGUCAUUCCUUCAGCCAGUCCACCUGGAGCACGGGGAGAACCACCGCCGAGAGGGUUCGUUUGAUCAUCGACGGAGCCAACCCAGGCAUGAGGAAGGGCACCAGAUCGCUGCUCACAUUGAUGGCCUGGCAAAUUUGGUUAGAGCGAAACGCGUGCACCUUUAAAGGGAAAGCACCAUGCGCCCGCAGCAUCACUGUGGCCUGCCGCCGUGACAUGGAGUAG